GUAGGUUGUUUCAGUAUCAGUCAAAAUGACAAAUCGCAUGCAAUUCGUUUGCUUUUUUCUCGCGCUGCACUCCGUGUAUUCAAGGUCAACCACGGACGCGUGCUGUACUCGUGGGAUAGCGAAGAAUGACUACUGGACGAAACGGGAGCAGAUCAUCGCCGCUGAGGAGGCCCAACAGAUUGGAUCGGCGAUUCAACUCAAUGAUGAUGAAUUAAAGGCGAAUGAGAUUUUGAUGGGGUUGAAGCUGGCGGAAUUAGAUGCUUCAUUCCAGGAUCCAGGAAAGUAUCUACCAGCUAUACACUUUUUUGAAUCAAGAGAUGCGAUUUCUCGAAAUGAAAUAUUCGCGUUUUUGAGGGAGAUGCCGAAAGGUGGUUUGCUGCAUACACAUGAUACUGCUACGACUAACUGGGAUUUUCUGUAUGCACAGACUUUUAAAGAUAAUCUUUAUUUUUGUAAUGAUACAAUGCCUCGUCUGCGAUUUUUUUCAAAACCUGAUGAUUCCUGCAAGUGGGAACUGCUUAAUGAUAUGCGUCGAGAAGGUGGCGAGGAAUUCGAGAAAUACCUAGUUGGGCAUUUGACCUUGAUCAGAGAAAACUAUAAUGAGGAGUUCUCUGAUAUCAACAAAGUGUGGAGCACGUUCCAAAACAUUUUUAUUUUUGUAACAGACAUGUUGAUUUAUAAACCUGUCUUUGAGGAGCAGUUUUAUGCAACUCUCGAACAAUUAUAUAACGAUAAUGUUACUUAUUUGGAGAUGAGAGGCACCCUGCCGCCUGUAUACAACUUAGAAGGUUAUGUUUACACACCAGAAGAGAUUGUGCAAAUUUACGUUGAUGUUGCAGCGAGUUUCAAAGCGACUCAUCCGGAAUUUAUAGGAGUUAAAUUGGUUUAUGCUCCGCUACGUUUAGUUGACAACAAAACAUUCGAAGAAUACUUGGAUAUUGCUCGUAGUAUCAAAACUAAAUUCCCUGAUUUUGUUACUGGGUUUGAUUUGGUAGGACAAGAAGAUCUCGGAAGACCUCUUGUGGAUUACACUGAAUUAAUCCAGUCUCUUGAUAUGGAUUUUUACUUUCACGCAGGAGAAACCAACUGGAAUCAAGGUUUAACUGAUCAGAACAUCAUCGACGCCAUUUUGUUAGAUACCAAAAGAAUUGGGCAUGGAUACGCGUUGAUUAAACACCCUGAAAUGAUGAAAGUGGUUAAAGACAAACAAAUCGCCAUUGAAGUAAGUCCAAUUUCAAAUCAAGUUUUGGGUUUGGUAAGAGAUCUUCGUAACCACCCGGGAUCAAUCUACAUGUCAACAGAUAUGCCCAUGGUCAUCACCAAUGACGAUCCAACCUACUGGGGAGCCGAAGGAGUUUCCUAUGAUUGGUAUAUGGCUUUUAUGGGUCUAUCAAGCCGCACAGCUGAUUUAAAACUCUUGAAACAACUCGCAAUCAAUUCAUUAAAGUUUAGCUCAAUGAAUGACCAAGAAAAAACCGCUGCGAUGACAAAAUGGGAAACGCAAUGGAAUAAAUUCAUUACAAAAUACAUUCUAGAACAUAAAAAGUAUUAAUUUUUGUUAUUGCCAUGAAUGAAAUAAAGUUUGAUAUGAUUUAAUAGAAAA